AUGGCGUUAGGGAGGACGAGAUGGCUGGUGGUGGCCCUCGCCAUCGUCACCACCUUCUACGUAUUUCACAGCUCCCUCCUAAACGUCAACUUUAGCUCUGGGUCCCAUGGCCUGCCGAAGCCCCUCGCCCCCGUUCCGAUACCAGAGCCUGACAAGACGUAUCUCUGGCGCAAAGUCGAAUACCACAACCCCGUCGAGUCCUACCGACCGCUCCCCGAACCACCAACCGCUUCCUUGCCUCGUGUCCAGGCCAAGUUCUACACUGGCGGAUCCAGCCAGGAGAGCCGUCGAAAUGCGAUCAAGGAUGCAUUUGUCAGUGCCUGGUCGACAUACAAGCACCAUGCGUGGUUGCGCGAUGAGGUCACGCCUGUCACCGGCAAGCAAAAGGAUACAUUCGGCGGAUGGGGCGCCACCCUGGUUGACUCCCUCGACACUCUUUGGAUCAUGGGUUUUGUCGACGAGUUCAACCAGGCCGUCGACGCCAUCGACCGCGAGAUCACCUUUGAGAGUACCAACCUGAAGGAGGUCAACAUUUUCGAGACCAACAUCCGAUUCCUCGGCGGACUCCUCUCUGCCUACGACCUCAGCGCCGACCCACGCCUGAUCAAGAAGGCCCGCGAUGUUGGUGACAUGUUGUACAAGGCCUUCGACACCCCCAAACACUUGCCCAUCGCCCGCUGGAACCUGAAGGCUGCCGCCCAGGGCACGAAGCAGGACGAUUCCUUCCUACUUGUUUCCGAGUUGGGCUCUCUGUUCCUGGAGUUCACCCGACUGAGCCUUUUGACCAACGACCCCAAAUACUACGACGCUAUCCAGCGCAUCACCGAUAUGUUUGCUGAGGCGCAGAUGACCACCAAGAUCCCGGGUCUGUGGGCUCACGGCACCUCGCCUGCUGAGGGCAAGGUGGACCUCGCCAAGGACUACUCUCUUGGUGCUACGUCCGACAGCUUGUACGAGUACCUGAUCAAGAUGACAGCUUUGCUGGGCAACACCCAGGGCGUCUACGGCGACAUGUAUGGCAAGAGCGUCGAGGCCAUUAUGAAACACCUUAUCUACCGGCCCAUGACCCCCAACGGUGACGAUAUUCUUUUCUCGGGGUCUGCCCAGUCGGUCAAGAACAAGAAGGACGGUUCUCCAGAGAUUAGGCUCGACACCACCGCCUCCCACACGGCAUGCUCCGCGGGUGGUAUGUUCGCCCUCGGCGGGCGCUUGCUGGCGAACGAAUCCCAAGUCGCUACCGGUGCCAAGCUCACUACCGGGUGCGCCUGGGCCUACCAGAGCAUGAUCUCGGGCGUGAUGCCCGAAUCGCUCUACUUCAGGUCCUGCCCUUCUCUGGAGCCCUGUCUCUGGGAUGACUCUAAGUGGCACGAGGGUAUCAUUAAGCAGACGUCCAGCAGAGACGUGAAGAAGACCAUCCUGGAAGAGCGUCUUCCCAAGGGCAUCACGCGCAUUACGGACUCUCGCUACCUCCUUCGCCCUGAAGCCAUUGAGAGUGUCUUCAUCUUGUUCCGCACCACCGGUAACUCGCACUGGCGGGACGUGGCCUGGGAUAUGUGGCAGGCCAUCGAUAAGCUGACAAGGACUAAGCUGGCAAACAGCGCAGUGCGCGAUGUCAACCCUAAGGGGGAGAAGACCCCUCAGGAGCUGGAGGAGGAAAAGAAGGAGGGCAAGACCACCGACAAGGACAGCGAGACUGACAAGGAUGUGGCCGGCAAGCUGGACUCCAUGGACAGCUAUUGGACGGCGGAGACCCUCAAGUACUUUUACUUGAUCUUCUCCGAGUCGAGCCUCGUUAGCCUGGACGACUGGGUGUUUAAUACGGAGGGGCACCCCUUGAGAAGGGCGCAAACACAUGCGUGA